UCGAAUCUCCGCACACUCGAGAAGAGUGUAAGAGCAAAAGCAAUGUCAAUAGAACUCUUGCCGGGCUAGUAUUGUGAUUGAUCAAACAAAGUUGUGGGGACUGCGAAUAUAUGCAGUAUAUCGCAAUUGAUAGCUCUUGUAACUUUAACGGAAUAUCGUGAACUCGCACGGCGCACAGGACAAGCUUAGUCAUCCACCGACGUCUCCGACUCCCCGAGGGUUCGUCGUCAUGCUCCCCCGAGACCCCUCGAACCCAAACACCAGCUCCUUUCCAAUUCCUUUUGAAUCCAUAGAUUCAGAGCGAUAGUAGAGAGCUACUCCUAUCGCUAAAUAUCAAAUCACUUGAAAGAAAGCACAAUGGCCGCACCAGAAGUUCAUCAUCUUUUCCACAGCCCGAUCGCGGACCACUCCUUCUCCGCCGAUCGAGAGCUCCUCGCCGUUGCUCGGGAGAACAACGUGGAGCUAUACUCCCACACUGGCAACCGAUUUGCGCUCAAAGAUGAGCUCAAAGGACACGAGAAGGUCGUGACAAGCGUGGACAUUGCUCCCCAGACCGGCAAAAUUGUGACUUGCUCUCAGGACCGCAAUGCCUACGUAUGGGAGCCGUCUCCCACAGGCUGGAGGCCCACGCUGGUUCUUCUGCGUAUCAACCGUGCAGCGACCUUUGUGCGCUGGGCGCCAUCUGAGCGCAAGUUUGCCGUUGGAUCCGGCGCUCGCGUGAUUGCAGUGUGUUACUUUGAGGAAGAGAAUGACUGGUGGGUCUCCAAGCACUUGAAGAAGCCCAUCAGGAGCACCAUCACAAGUAUAGCCUGGCACCCCAACUCCGUCCUGUUGGCCGCGGGCUCGACGGACGCGCACGCCAGGGUCUUUUCGGGCUUCAUCAAAGGUGUCGACUCUCGUCCCGAACCCAGCGUGUGGGGUGAACGACUCCCUUUCAACACUGUGUGUGGAGAGUUCUUGAACGGCUCCGCAGGGUGGGUUCAUGGCUGUGCUUUCUCCCCGAGCGGUGACGCUUUGGCAUUCGCCGCGCAUGACAGCAGCGUCACCGUUGUGUACCCGAGCGGGCCCGAACAGCCUCCCAAGGCUGUUGUCAGCGUCACUACGCAACUUCUUCCCUUUAUGAGCUUGAUCUGGAAUGGUGAAAGCGAAAUCAUUGCUGCAGGAUAUGACUGCGAAGCAUACCGUCUUCGCGGCGACGAGAAUGGAUGGCAACUCGUUGGCUCACUGGAAAAUAAGUCUCGGCCUGGCCUUGCUGACCGGGGAGAGGAAUCUGCCUUGAACAUGUUCAAGCAGCUCGACCUCAAGGGCAAAGCCAAGAACGAUACCCAGCUCAAGACUGUGCACCAGAAUUCCAUCAAUACUAUUCGAUCGUACGAGGAGGAUGCUAGCGGUCAUGUCAAGCGCUUUAGCACAAGCGGCGUCGACGGAAGAGUCGUCAUCUGGAACGUUUGAAUCCCUGCUAUUCUUAGAUUCUUCAUUCCUCGUGUUCUUGUCAGAUAGGUUAUUCAAUUCAAUUCUGCAUUUCUAGAAUGAAUACUCGACAUACUUACAAUACA